GCGGAGCUGAGUGGAGACAGCCGCGGCGCUGCAGAGCGGCUGGGGCGGCGGCGCGGCUCCCGGUGCUCCCCCCGGCGCGCGCCCCCAGUCGGUGAGGGCCCGGCCCGGAGGCCCCCGGAGCCAUGGGCUGCAUCGGCUCGCGGACUGUGGGAAACGAGGUGAUCGCAGUGGAUUGGAAGGGCCUCAAGGAUGUUGACCAAAUCAACAUGGACAGUACCAGCUCUCUGCACGGAAGCAGCCUCCAUCGGCCAUCUACAGAGCAAACGCGAACUGAUUUCUCCUGGGAUGGCAUCAAUCUCUCCAUGGAGGACACCACUUCUAUUCUUCCGAAGCUUAAGCGAAACUCUAAUGCCUAUGGCAUUGGGGCCCUGGCUAAAUCAUCAUUCUCAGGGAUCUCGCGCAGCAUGAAGGACCACGUGACAAAGCCCACAGCCAUGGGACAAGGUCGGGUAGCCCACAUGAUUGAGUGGCAGGGCUGGGGGAAGGCACCAGCCAUUCAGCCACAACACAGCCAUGAGGCAGUGCGCAGGGAUACCGACGCCUACUCUGACCUCAGUGAUGGCGAGAAGGAAGCCCGUUUUCUGGCAGGUGUCAUGGAACAAUUUGCUAUCUCUGAGGCCACGCUUAUGGCCUGGUCUUCCAUGGAUGGCGAGGACAUGAGUGUCAACUCUACCCAGGAGCCACUGGGCUGCAAUUACAGUGACAACUACCAGGAGUUGAUGGAGAGUCAGGAUGGCCUUGCUCAAGCCCCCAUGGAUGGCUGGCCUCACUCCUAUGUGUCCCAGGGCAUGUACUGUUUGGGGUCAUCGGAUGCCUGGGAAGCAAGCGACCAGUCCCUUAUUGCCUCUCCAGCUACAGGAUCCUAUCUUGGCCCUGCAUUUGAUGACUCACAGCCCAGCUUGCAUGAUAUGGGGCCUUCCCACACUGCUUCGGCAUACUCUGCUCAGGAGCCUCCACCUUUGUUGGGGGAAGAAACUGACUGGGCUCCAGGGGUGGACGGGGUGGACCUGGCAAGGGGCUCUGCCGAGGAGGAGGAGAGGAGGCCAUUAGCCCCCGAGGAGGAAGAGGAUGCAGGAUGCCGGGACCUGGAGUCUCUUUCCCCACGAGAAGACCCCGAGCUGACCACCGCUCUCAGUCGGAAGGUGUCUGAUGUCACAUCCUCAGGUGUGCAGUCCUUCGAUGAGGAGGAGGGUGAGGCCAACAACUAGCUUCUUCUCACUGCACUCCUGCCUGAGGGGCAUGGCUACAACACAUACCCUCCCAUCCCCCAGCAGCACAGCUGAAUCUGGGCAGAAGACAGCGGGGAACCUGGGAGCUUCCAGUUCUCUCCCAGAAACAGAAGAUCGGAAUUGGGUUUCAUCCAGGCUUACACUCUGGAAACCACGGUGGGAAGCCAGGUGACUAGAAGGCUGUGGACUUGGUAUGAUGACCAUGGGAGAAGGGUCCCCGGCCAGAGGCUUCCAGGUCUGUGCCCAUAAAGCCUGCAGAGUGUACAGUCUAAGGACCAGGGCACAGAGCGGCUGUGCUGGAGACUGAAUCUCAGUUCUUCACUCCCUGAUUUCGUCUUCCAGGAGCCUUGGCUGUACUGUAUGAAUGUCUCUUUUCCAUUUCACUCUUGCUUUUCCUGUCUCCUCUGGCUGCGGCCCCUACCCACUUCUACUGCAAGAAGCAGACCUCAAGGGCUGCUAGCCAUGGGCCUACCGGGCAUGCCUGCUAAGUAUGGCACUUCUAAUUGAGCUUGUAAGAUCAGUUGUUCAGGAGAAGGUGGAUGUGGCUCCUGGGGUUUAUUGGGAGCACAAGUGUGAUUCCUACGUCAAGGGCUGCUCAGAGACAAGAGGGUCACAGACAAGACCAAGAACAAAUGUGGCUGGAAGGAGGAUCUGAAGGAUCUGGGAAAAGACUCAUCUGGGGCUGGCGGCUCCAGUUUUGCUCCUUUUAUGCCUUCCUCUGUCUCCUGCUUCAGGAUCUUUGGCCCAGAGGAGAGUGAGGGGGAUACUGGUCUCAGAUAUGUUGACACAGGUUGCAGGUGUCCAGCCAGUGGCGGGGAACUUGGGGGCUGUGUCUACCCCCUAACCACCCCUAAUUCUCUGGAGCUGUUUACACUUUUCUCUUUGCCUUUUUUACAUUUUUAUAACUUAUUGGGACUCAGGGUUGAGCAGGGUGGAGGGAGGAGUCUGGUGCUGUCACUCCCUAUGCUAUGUUGGGUUGGUGGCUAAAGGCCAGGUCCGCACUUAGCUCCUUUUGCCCCUCUGCCAGCUCCUCCCAGGACUCCUGAGAUGCCCUCCAAGGUGUCUCUCUCCCCUCCCCAAGCUGCCUGUUGUAGGACAGAAGGGGAGUCGGUGCAUUCUUCCUUCCAGGGUGGUUUACUGUGAGGGACAAGCUUGCCUGCUCACACUAUUUCCAGUCUUGGGGGAUGGGGAGCAUUGAUCAUUAUGGGAGGUCUGUACUGCCAUGAGAGCACAUGAUGUCGGGGAUGGGUCGGGGGAGGCAACUGGCAAAUACCUCACCUUCUCUGAGUGGUAACCCUGGUUCCUGGCAUAGGCAGCAUCUGGGGUAGGAGAGAAGCCUGAAAGGCUCAUUGUCCUGGUUCCUUGUGCCCAUAUAAGGUUCCAGCAUCCUGCCCAUGUGCUGAUCCUCUGUUGAGAGGGGAGCACAGUCGUCCCCUGGGCCCAAACUAUCCUUCACCCUCAAGCCCGACUGUGACUGCUUUGGAAUUAUGGAGAUUGGGAGUUGGGGGAUUUCUGUCCAUCCAUGACCCUGUCCUUCCAUCAAGUCCGUACUCUUAUGAACUUAUGGGCAGGGAUCCUGUG